AUGAAAAAAGUUACGAAUUGUCCUCACCGAUCACAGAUUGAAUUACAAUUUGAAUUUUAUAACGAAGAAAGGACGAAGUCAUUGAAAGAACCAAGAUAUUCCGAACUCGAGUCUCUUGACCAAGUUACCCGGACGAAAAUGCAUCUGGAGAUGAUCAAGAUCGUAAGGAUCGUGAACAACAUUUACGGUGUACAAAUUCUGCUGUUGAUGAUCUCAUCGGUUAUCUCCAUCACCAUUCUCUUCUACCUGUUGUACAGGAUAACAUGGAUGGAGUUGACCGUCGACUCAUAUUUGCAAGAAGUGAUUCCUUUGACUUGCUGGAUCUUCUUCUACAUCAUGUUGAUCUUGUAUAUAAAUCACGUUUGUGCCAAAACGAUCAUAGAGGCAGCAAGCAUCGGCGACACCAUUUGCGAACUCUAUGAACCGUCCACCAGCACAGAAUUUCGAGCAGAGAUUCAAGAUUUCACUUUACAACUGAUCCAAAACCCAUUGCUAUUCACGGCCUGCGGGUUCUUCAAUCUGGACCACGCUUUUAUCCAAGGAAUUGUCGGAACGAUCACCACAUAUCUCAUCAUCAUAAUCCAAGUGGGAGACAUGACGACCUCGCGUAUGGAGGUCACAGCAGCCGAAAAAUUCGAAAAUCAGUCUUCGACGAUAGGAAUCGAUACAGUGACAAACUUUUCUUUGUUGUCCGAAGAAGGGCCCGUGAAGAACAGUGAUUAA